AUGACUAUCAAACUGACUAUCAAACUAGCUCUGGCUGCGUUCGCAGCACUCCAACCCCUCGGGACUCUCGGAUUCUACCGCCCCGCUGGAGAGGUCGGUCUUCUAAGCACGAGCCAAACCGUCAGUAUCUACUCAUUGCCCCUAUUUCAUCCAAACGAUGCCCUGACAGUUCACCAGAAACAAGGGCCGUUACCAGAUGUGAACCUCACAAGCUCUAUGCUUGCGGGCACUGGCAACCCCAUGAACAGUGUCCUGUACACUUCGUACCUCACAGCUGAGAAUGGCCAUGAAUACUUUGCUAUUGCUUGCCACUGUACACAAGGUCCGACUCACUUGUACACCUAUGUCUCGCUACUGGACAUCACAACAUCCCAAUACUAUGGGGUCAAUAACUUCAUCGAGGGUAUCAUGCCUAACGAAACCUUCAACCUCCAAGGCGGUGAUCUGGCUUUCUCAUCCUCGAGCUCCGAUAUAGUCUCCAACAUGCAAGUUACCAGUACAGUACCAAAUGCUGGAUUCAAUCUAUCCGUACAAGCCCAGGGCCCUGGCCUCUACUACGCCGGCUCUGGCAUAUUCUACUGGGGCGGCGGAACGAACCAUCAGUGGGCCAGUCCCCUCUCUCGCGUUAGUGGAACCAUCACUGUCAACAAUGCAGAAGUGAGCAUCAUCCCGGAUAAGUCAGUGACAUGGAUGGACCGACAAUGGGGUACCGGAGUCGCGUACAACGGAUGGAACUGGUUCAAUGUUAUCCUGGAAAACGGGAUGACUAUGGGUGUUUGGCAUUCAAAGCCGAUCAAUGGAACGACCUCAUUCGAUUCAUUUGCGACAGUACAGUUUCCUGAUGGUCAUCAAGAGGUCCACCAACUCGACAAUGACAUCCAUGAUGCCAACCCAUGGACUUCAGACGUGACGAAUCUUACAUACUACACCGAAUUCGAAUUGAACAUCCCAACGCUGGAGGCUGUUAUACGUGCGACCGUUCCGGUAAAGGGAGCUGGGGAGAUGACGGUGCAAGGUGAACCGAUACCGUCCCGGACCUUAUUCGAGGGAUUUACCGUGUACUCGGCGAACAUACGUGGGAAGUGUGUUAAAGGCUAUGGCCUAACCGAGCGGCUAUUUCAGAUCGCCUAA